CUUUUUUCGCCCUUUCUCUUCCGGCAAGAACUGAGAUGUGCGUCUAGCGCCUUAUCUUCUUCUUCUCUUAUCCGAUUGGUUCUUCCAUCUUGAAAUAUCUCUCGUCCUCUAGAUUUCUUGACCCUCCAUUGUCGGCGGUGGACGCAUUGUAGCGCAGCACGAGCUAGGGUUUGCGUAUCCGGUUUCGCGGUCGCGGAUUUCUUCUCUAGGGCUCAGUGAGAACAAUCCGUGAGGAUUGUCAGCGCUACUGUAGAUUUCUACGCCGCAACCGCACUGCGCGGCGCCACUGUUGGAGGGGCGAGCUAAGCAUCCAGGUACUUGAGAGAGAUUCGCAGCUUUAAGGUCAAUCCGGCGGGCAAUGUGAUGACGAGGAGGAGCUCGGCUUUCUGGAUUUAAGCGAAGAAGAAGAGGAAGAAGAUGGAGGAAUUGGAUAGCAAGGGCAAUUUCUCCGUCCUGGGGAAGCCCGUGGUUCUGGAAACAAUGGCAGAUCUACUGGCCGCGAUGAUGCCAAUUUGGGUCGCCAUUGCGUUUGGCAUCGUGUUGGGCUGGUCGUGGAAGCCUCGCUGGGCAAGCUUCCUCGUGUUUGGGCUGAGGAGCCGGACGAGGCUGCUGUGGAGCACGCCGCCAGGGCUGGGAGCGAGGCGGCUGUGGCUGGCCAUCACGGCGGUCACAGCUUGCUCGAUGCUCAAGGAACUUUGGCUGAAAUUCAGCGCCUGGAGGUGGCCCAGGACGGAUUUUUCUGGCAAGGAGACGCAGUCAAGUUCAUCUCCGGGUGACCAACAACAAGCCAACUGUGCCGUCUCCGACGAAGAUUUGAGAAAGUUUUUGCUGUUGCUCGAAGAGCGCGAUGGAGGGCCGGCGUGGCAGAUGAUGAUGGACCGUUCCACGACAGGCAUGGCUUACCAAGCUUGGCGACGCGACCCUUCCAAUGGCCCGACGCAAUACAAGAGCAGAACCGUCAUUGAGGGCAUCACGCCGCAGCUCAUGAGAGAUUUUUUUUGGGACGACGAGUUCCGAGUGGAGUGGGACGAUAUGCUUCUCUCCGCGAAGACGCUCGACGAGUGUCCCGAGACCGGAUACAUGCUAGUACACUGGGUUAGAAAGUUCCCAUUUUUUUGUAAAGACCGUGAGUACACGAUUGGGAGGCGCAUUUGGGAGCACGGCAACACAUACUACUGUUUACAAAUGGGUGUCGAAACAGACAAGGUUCCCCGCAAAAACAAGCCACGACGUGUAGACGUGUUCUACUCGAGUUUCCGGAUCCGUGCAGUGGAGUCCCGGAAGGGCGAUUCCCAGCUGACCGCGUGCGAGGUGCUGCUGUUCCACUCGGAAGAGAUGGGAAUCCAAAAAGAUCUGGCGAAGCUAGGCGUCAGGCAGGGAAUGUGGGGAUGCGUCAAGGGCAUGGAGCCUGGCGCUCACAGCUACUUGGCCUCCCGCAAGAGCGCCAAGCCCCUGUCGCGGCCGGCGCUCAUGGCACAGAUCACCACCAAGGUUCCGGCGUCCGUGUUUCGAGAGCUCGGGAUCGCCGACACGACGCUGGAAGUCCAAGCCGGCAGCGGCAGUGCCGUGGAGGAGGUGUCGGCCGAGAACAAGAAAAACGUUUGGAGAUGGAUCAUCCUGGGUGGCGCGGUGGCGCUGGCCUGCGGCGUGGACAGGGGCGCGGUGGGCAAGGUGUUACUGUUUGGGAUCGCGAGGAGGCUGGGAAGGCUUGGGAGGAAGCUAUAGGAGAUGUGGAGAAGCGAGCGAGCGAGUGAGCGAGCGACACACAGCAUGGGCGAUGGGUAUUAUCUUUUCUUCUUAUCACAGCUUUGUUCUUCGUUGUCUCGAAGGCUGGAGGAAUAAGUCGAUUCAUCAAUCCAAUGAGUCCAGCUGCAUUGCAUGGUUCUUUGAGAUGAGAUUCUUUUUUUUU